UAAUAUGUCAAACUAGUAUAGGAGAGAGCUGAUAGAGAAGCUCAGUCAGUCGUAACAUUAACCAACUAACAUUUUGUAAAUAUUUACUAAACAAAUCAUCUAACAGCUUCGUAGCAUAGACGGGUAGUAUGAGAUAUUAGACGAGUCAUAUAUUUUGGUUGAAUCAACAAUCAGUGAAUAGCUAAUAAAACGUACAGGAUGUUGGUUGUGAUAGUCUUCUUGCUUUUCAACGGCUGUGGUGUACAAACAGAAGUCUCCUCAGUAAAGUCUCUAGAUCUGCGUAAGACGAAAGUCUGGGGACCGGGCAUACAAACACCGCAGGCUGUUAUGCCUGCAAGAUAUUUUUUCAUUCAAGCCGUUGAUUCGAAGGGGAAAGACAUACCAACGUCCCGGCCAGAGAAAUAUGAAAUCAACAUUCAAGGCUCAUCGCGUUUCGGCGCUUGUCGAUAUUCGUUGGAUCAAAUUGAUCGAAAGGACGGUUCCAUCAUUGUACGCUAUAAAAUGGUCGACGUUUGUCGGAACGCUGAAAUUCACAUCAAAUAUCGGAAUGAACAUGUGGCCAAGUCACCAUACUCGGCUGGAACAAUUUAUUCCGAGAGCUGUAAUUGUCCCGUCGACGUAGACGAAUAUCUGGCAACGAAUGAAUGUUCGCCGCAGAAACAAAUCGACGAUGAUCUGAGCCCGUUUCGGAAGGUUAAUUUCACCAACAUUCGAGCGAAAAUCAUACAAAAAUAUGACCUGCCCAACAGUGUGUCGUUGUGCAACUAUGUUGUCAGAAAUAAUGAGAUAUUCCGCCAAUGCUUCGGACAGUAUACCGGCUUUAAGAUGUUCAUGGACGCUGUACUGAUAUCGUUGGUGAAGAAGGUCAAACUGCCGGACACGGAAUUCUUUAUCAAUUUGGGCGACUGGCCACUGAUGAAGAAAGGCGGACAGACUAGAACAACCGGUCCAUAUCCGAUAUUCUCGUGGUGCGGCAGUGAAGAUACGUUCGAUAUAGUCUUGCCGACCUAUGACAUCACCGAAUCAACUCUACAGAAUAUGGGACGAGUGACGUUGGAUAUGCUAUCGGUGCAACGAGCAGGAAAGCCAUGGACCGAAAAGGCAGAUCGGGCAUUUUUUCGAGGUCGAGACUCUCGUCGCGAACGUCUUGAUUUGAUCGACAUUGCCCGUGAGAAUCCGGACAUUUUCAACGUGUCUCUGACCAAUUUCUUCUUCUUUCGUGACGACGAGGAAAAGUAUGGUCCGAAGGUUGCGCACAUUUCGUUGAUGGAAUUUUUCGAUUAUAAGUACCAAAUCAAUUUGGAUGGAACUGUAGCAGCUUAUAGGCUUCCGUAUCUUCUAGCUGGUAGUUCUUUGGUGCUGAAGCAAGACUCUCCAUUUUACGAACAUUUUUAUAAGAAACUCAUUCCGAAUCAUCAUUACAUUCCAUUCAAGCGGGAUUUGUCCGACUUAACGGAGAAAGUGGUGUGGGCCAUGAAAAACGAGCGAAAAGUCCUGGAGAUCGUGAAAAACGCACAGCGAUUCACGCGAGAAAAUCUUUUACCCAAAGACAUUUACUGUUACCAUGUGUUGCUGCUGAAGCAAUGGAGCCAGAAUCUCGUUGAAGUGCACAUUCAACCUCAUAUGGAUCGGGUGCCGAUGCCAGCCAGUGAUUGUGAUUGUCACGAUGAAUCGUCUCAAUUGAGAGACGAAUUGUAAAUUAGAAAUUGUAGUCAUUGUUACCGAUGUAACCGGUAUAUAGAUUGUAUGAACUGGGUUCCUAUGCAACGUGUUUACCUUAAUUUUUUUUAAAGAUUAUUUUUUGUCUAUUAUUCCCGACAUGCAGGUGUAGCAAUAAAUUGAAUUUAUGCGAUUCGGGAGAUG